AUGAAGGUCGCCUCCUCGCUCGCCAUUCUCUCGGUUGCCGCCCUCGGCCUCGUCCAGGCUUCGCCCAGCCCCGAGCCCACCGCUGCGCCCGUCGUCAAGCGACAGCUGCCCGCCAACCUGCCGCUACCGGACCUAGCCUCGCUGACCGACGCCGCGGCGCUCUCGUCGCUCUCGUCGUACAUCGACGCCCAGUUCUCGGCCCUCUACUCGCUCGAGCCCAGCGCGUCGUCGUUGAUCGCCGCCGCCGAGUCGUCGGCCAAGUCGUACCUCUCGGUCGCAAACGGCCUCGCCACCAUCACCAACUCGGCAGAGGCCUCCAAGAGCGCCUCGGCCAUCUACAGCUCCGUGAUGAGCGACCUCAACGGCGGCGGCGGCGCAGGAGGCGCCAGCAACUCGAUGGCCGCUUCCGGCUCCGCCAGCAAGCCGACCGCCAGCGCGACCCAGACGGCCGCUUCGAGCGGAUCCGGCGGCUCGAACGCCGCCAGCGGUGGUUGGGAGGCGGUCCCCCUCCUCGUUUCCCUCAGCACCGCCCUCGUCGGCGCCGUCGCUGUCCUGGCCUUCUGA